UUCGUCUUCGCUUUUGUUUCCGGUUAGUGGAACGUUCGCCAUAUUUUUCCAACAUGUGGGCAAACGAAGAAACAGAUUACAACCCUUAUGCAUUCAACUACUCCAUUCCUCAGGAAUAUGACAUGCACACAGGGGACCCCCGGUUGGACCAGGAGUACGAGCAGCGUUAUCAGCAGACAUCAUACAUCGUGCCGGAAGUGAUCAAAAACUUCCUCGUUCAGUUCCAGAAGGUGAUCAAUGAACAGAACCUGUUAGAGAUUCAGAACGCUUAUGAAAAUGGAUUUAAUAAGCUGACGGACAGAUUCUUCAAGAAUUCACCCUGGCCAGAAGCUGAACAUGUUGCACCAAUUGUUAACAAUGACCCAAUGUUUGUGAUUCUAUACAAGGAACUCUACUAUAGACACAUAUACGCUAGAGUUACGAAUGGACCCAGUCUGGAGCAGAGGUUUGAGUCAUACUACAACUACUGCAAUCUGUUCAACUACAUACUGAAUGCAGAGUGUCCUGUUGGUCUGGAACUGCCAAACCAGUGGCUGUGGGACAUCAUUGAUGAAUUUAUUUAUCAGUUCCAGUCUUUCAGCAUCUUUCGCUGCAAGUUGAGCAAGAAGAGUGAUGAUGAAAUUGAGUUCCUCAAGUCAAACCCUAAGAUUUGGAAUGUGCACAGCGUGCUUAAUGUUCUGCAUUCGUUGGUGGAGAAGUCGAAUAUCAACAAACAGUUGGAGGUUUACAUAAGUGGAGGUGACGCGGACAGCGUGGCAGGCGAGUUCGGCCAGCACUCUCUCUACAAGAUGCUCGGCUACUUCAGUCUGAUCGGACUGCUGCGGCUCCACUCGCUGCUCGGGGAUUACUACCAGGCCCUCAAGGUCCUCGAGAACAUUGACUUCAACAAGAAGAAUCUGUACUCGCGUGUCCCGGCAUGCCAGAUAACAACAUUUUACUUUGUCGGCUUCGCCUACAUGAUGAUGCGGAGGUACCAGGAUGCCAUUCGGACAUUCUCCAACAUUUUGCUGUAUAUACAGCGCACUAAACAGAUGUUCCAGAACAAGUCUCAGCUAUAUGACCAGAUUUCCAAGCAGAAUGACAAAAUGUACACCCUGUUGGCUAUAUGUCUGGUUUUGCACCCCAUGAGGAUUGACGAGAGUGUUCACUCACAACUCCGUGAAAAAUUUGCCGACAAGAUGCUGAGGAUGCAGAAAGGAGAUUCUGUCGAAUUUGAGACCUCUUUCUCAUUUGCUUGUCCAAAAUUCCUGUCACCAGUUGCACCAAAUUAUGACACUGUGGGAGCCGGUUUUCAUAAGGAACCAUUUCAACUCCAGCUGAAGGUUUUCCUAGAAGAGGUGACCCAGCAAAUUUUAAUACCAACAAUUCGGAGUUAUUUGAAGCUGUACACAACUCUCCCAAUAGCGAAACUCGCCACUUUCAUGGACAUGAGUGAGGAAGAGCUGCGGACACACUUGAUGUGUUUUAAGCAUAAAAUGAAGAACAUGGUCUGGACGAAAGGCACCAGUGGUCUAGAUGGGGAAUUUCAGUCGGCAUCUGAAGUGGACUUCUACAUAGACAAGGAUAUGAUCCAUAUAGCUGAUACAAAGGUGGCUCGAAGAUAUGGUGAUUUCUUCAUCAGACAGAUUCAUAAAUUUGAAGAGAUAACUAGGAAUUUGAAAGUACUGUGAUGGGUCAGAGUACAGAACAUUUGAUGCAGUAGAAUUUGACUAACAUUGACAUUCACAAACAGUUCAGAUAUAUUGAAGAAGAAAAAACAGAUCUGUGGCAGUAACUAGACAAUGAAAAUACUUUUAAAAGGAUAAAAUUGUACAAGAAAUCAAACUUAUUUGGAAUAAAUCUUAAUAUGAUUGGA